AUGACGAUCCCGACAAGGACAAACUUAGCAAAGAACCCAAUUGCUGAGAAGAUAAUUGCUGAACAAUUCCUCGCCGCUGACCUGUCUGAGGUUGACAAACUACGAGAAGAAGCAAAAAAGUACAACUACAAAAGGCAGGUGGUGUACCGAAAUGUUGCUCUCUUCGCUCUUCUUCAUGUCGGAAGUCUCAUCGGUCUCUACCAGGUUGUGUUCGAUGCAAAAUGGCAGACCAUCGGAUGGAUGCUGUUCCUACAUAUCUUCGGAGGACUUGGAAUUACUGCUGGUGCCCAUCGUCUCUGGUCUCACCGCUCGUACAAAGCCGCUCUACCCUUGCGAGUUCUGCUGAUGAUCAUGAACAGUUCAGCUCUUCAGAAUGACAUCAUCGAAUGGUCUCGUGAUCACCGUUGUCACCACAAAUGGACCGACACUCAUGCAGAUCCUCACAAUACCAACCGCGGUUUCUUCUUUUCGCAUAUGGGAUGGCUUCUCGUCAGGAAACAUCCACAGAUCAUAGAACAAGGAAAGAAGCUCGACCUAUCAGACCUCUACGCCGAUCCUGUAUGCACCUUCCAGAGAAGGUACUACCUACCGCUGGUGUUGAUUUUCUGCUUCCUGUUGCCGACAGCGAUUCCUGUCAAGUUCUGGGGAGAAUCGGCGUUUGUUGCGUUUUACACUGCUGGACUUCUGCGAUACACCCUCCUGCUUCACGCUACAUGGCUGAUCAACAGCGCAGCCCAUAAAUUCGGUUUCAAGCCUUAUGACACGAGGAUCUCACCCGUAGAGUCGGUCUGGACUACUGUCUCAGCAAUCGGAGAAGGCGGCCACAAUUUCCACCACGUUUUUCCGCAGGACUACCGUACUUCGGAAUACUCUCUGAAAUUGAACUGGACUAGAAUCUUCAUCGACACCUUCGCAGCUCUCGGUCUAGUGUACGAUAGGAAAUCGUUCUCCGAAGAAGUUAUUCAACGACAGUGCGAAAAAUAUGGCAAUCCCGAGCAGCGUGGAAAAGCAUUUUUAUGA